GACGGAAAGAUAAUGCAAGGUGCUGUUGUGACGGCUGAGGAUGUAUUGUCUCUUAGCCAGUUGUGAACUCCCUAUAAUGUAUAUAUGCAGAGAACUUUCCCAACUUUGUUACAGAUUUUUAUUUUAACAUUACCCCAUCUCCUGUUGAAAGAGAAAUCAACUCCCAAACAGUAAUAUUUCAUACUCAAAAAUCAAAUUCGAAAUGCAUCUCCAAAACUUUCUCUGCGCUCUCACCUCUCUCACUCUCACAAACCUCGUGACCUCCUCGCCAACUGAAGCAGGCACCCUCUCUGCCCCACCCCCACCAGGAGAAACCUACGUAGUCGGCUUUCCCAUCUGUGCAAUCCCCGGAUUCACUGAAAUCCCUGGCAAUUACACCGAAACCAUUCACCAAUAUCCCAACGCCACACUUGCAAGCUGUAUUAAUGAGUGUCGAGCUGCGUAUCCAGAAUGCAAAAGUAUUGCUUUUCAUGCGCGGUAUACGGAAUGCUUGUGGUUUGAUGAGAGGGUGGAUAAGACGCAGUUGUAUGAGGAUGAUACGAGUGAAUUUGUUCACUAUGAUUUAAUUUGCCCGGUGCCUGCUUGUUAGGUAUUGAGGGAUGGAUAUGAAUUGUCUGCUGGGAGUUGGGUAGGGGCAGGGGUGGAAUGAUAUAAUGGCAAUACAACGAAUCGAUGAAUGAACUUUUAUAAUGAGACUCUGGAGAAAAAGCGCGACAAGGACGUUGGCGGGUGAGGAGGUGGAGGUUGUUGGAGACUCUUGAAUCUAUACGUCCCUAACAAGUUGUCUCAAUGCAAUAUUACCAUCAAUAAGAUUGAUAUACCAUGAAAUUUAAAUGCAUCUGCACCA